AUGGCUAGACGCUUGUUAAGCCGCAUGAUUUUGAACUCUAAUACGACGUCGAUAAAAUCGUCGUUGCCUGUACUUAGUAAAAAAUUGCAUAGUCAGGUACCAACUAAAGAAAUUCAGAUUCCUGUUAAGUUUGGCCACAUUGCGGGCAAGCUAUGGGGCAACAGUAGUGAGCGACCUAUACUGGCGUUACACGGAUGGCAAGACAAUGCGGGCACUUGGGACCCUCUGAUCCCCAUGAUCAUCAAAGACAGACCGAUAUUAGCAUUGGACUUUCCUGGACAUGGAUUUUCGUCUUGGAUUCCUCCUGAUAUGCAGUACUACCAAUGGGAAUUACCGAGAAUUAUUUUAUAUCUGAAAGAAUACUUCAAAAUGGAGAAAGUAUCAAUAUUGUCUCAUUCUAUGGGAGCGAUAGCAUCCAUGCGUUUUGCAUCUGUGUUCCCAGAUGACGUCGAUUUUUAUAUUGCUGUGGACAGCCUUAUUUAUGACGACUACGAUUUAGAUGCAGUCGUAGGUAAAAUUCCUACAACAUUGAAAAAAGCUUUAAUCGCACAGACUCGACUAAAUGACGAGCCACCAGCAUACAGUUUAGAGGAAAUGACCAAAAUAUGGCAUUUGGGUACGAGGAAGUCUGUGGCUUUGGAAAGUGUUCCGCAUUUACUGAAAAGGGGAAUAAAACCAUCAAAAGCUGAUCCCAAUAAGUAUUAUUUCUCCCGUGACUCAAGACUAAAGUACACAUUGUUCAAUCCAGAGGACAAAAAAUUCGUUGAAGCCCUAGUAAGGAGACUGAAAUGUCCGACAUUGUAUAUCAAAGCGAUAGACUCUCCCUAUUCUUCUGACGCAUAUUCUAUAGAAAUGCGCGAAAUAUUAGAACAAAACAAUGAAAAUUACGAAUUUCAUUUUGUACCAGGUACACAUCACGUUCACUUAAAUAAUCCCGAAUUAGUAGCUCCUCUUAUUAAAAAUUUCAUUCAAAAUCAUAAUCUAAGUCUUUAA